GCUGCUCCUCAAGAGAGGUAUACUGAGAAACCAAAGGAACAAGAAGCUAUAAUGAGGAAGCCAAUCAUGGCUGCUCCUCAAGGCAGGCCUACUCAGAAACCAAAGGAACAACAAACUGUGAUGAAAAAGCCAAUAAUAAUGGCUGCUCCUCAGGGCAGGCAUACUGAGCAACCAAAGGAACUACAACCUGUGAUGAAGAAGCCAAUAAUAAUGGCUGCUCCUCAAGGCAGGCAUACUGAGCAACCAAAGGCACAACAAACUGUAAUGAGGAAGCCAAUAAUGGCUGCUCCUCAAGCCAGGUAUACUGAGAAACCAAAGCAACAAGAAGCUGUAUUAAUGAAGGCACCAUUAAUGGUUGCUCCUCAAGAUGGGUAUACUGAGCAACCAAAGGCACAACAAACUCUAAUGAAGAAGCCAAUAAUGGCUGCUGCUCCUCAAGCCAGGUACACUGAGAAACCAAAGGGACAAGAAGCUGUAAUGAAGGCACCAUUAUUAAUGGUUGCUCCUCAAGAUGUGUAUACUGAGCAACCAAAGCAACAAGAAGCUCUAGCUAAAAAACCAUCAAAUGUUGCUGCUCAACACAGGUGUACUCAGCAACCAAAGCAACAAGAAGCUGUUUUGAAGAAGCCUUCAAAUGCAGCUGCUCAAGACUGGUAUACUCCACAACCAAAGGAACAAGAAGCUGUUUUGAAGAAGCCUUCAAAUGCUGUCGCUCAAGACUGGUACACUCCGCAACCAAAGGAGCAAGAAACUGUAUUGAAGAAGCCUUCAAAUGCUGCUGUUGAUGACUGGUUUACUCCACAACCAAAGGAACAAGAAACUGCAGUGAAGAAACAAACAUUCAUCAAACCAAAUAAGCCUUCUGCCAAUGGCUCUGGGCCAGGAAGACUGACAAGACCAACUAUGGAACAUAAUAAGGUCAAUGGUAAUUCUGGAGUGAGGUUCCAACUGAAAUCAGACAAUAGGCAUCCUGUUUCUCAGCAAAAUAAGUUGAACUGUCCAGAAGAGAUGACAGUUCAAGAAAGAGUGGCACUGGCGAAAAGGAAACUUCAAGAACGCGACAAAGCAAUGGAAGAUGCCAAGAGGCGGCGGAUAUCUCAAUCUGUGGAGGCCCAUAACAUCCCCAAGCCGAGUCUAGUCCCUAAAAACACACAAGUGAUGAAACUAGGCAACUACAGCAAGCAAGGGACAAAUGGGCGCCAGUGACUUCUGUAUGUAUAUGCUAGACUUUGUCUGUAUAUGCUAGACUGUAUGUGUCCCUAUAGUGCAGCAACUUUCUUCCAUAUUUGCAAGCAAGCCAAAUCUUGUG